AUGGUAGUCCUCGGCGCAGAACAGUCCGACGCCCAGUCGCUCCCCUUCGAGGCGACACUCGCGAAGCUCGCAUCCGUGCUGCCCGAGAAACUGCGCCGGCCCCGCGUCGGCAUAGUCUGUGGCUCCGGGCUGAGCACGCUCGCCGCCGCGAUCCGCGACGUCGUGGAGGUGCCUUACGCAUCUCUGCCCGGGUUCGGCAAGAGCACAGUCCUUGGACACAAGAGCCAGCUCGCUUUUGGCUUGAUUGGCCCGGGCGAGGGUGUCCCGGUUGUUGCGAUGCUUGGACGCCUUCAUCCAUACGAGGGACAUGGCCUUGCGACCGUGGUAUACCCUAUUCGCGUGAUGGCACGGUUGGGAAUAACCCAUCUCAUUAUCACGAACGCCGCUGGCGCGCUCAACCCUGACAUCGCCGUGGGCACGAUCGUUGUGAUACAGGACCACCUGGCGCUCCCAAACCUGACGGGAAUGAACCCGCUUCUCGGCCCCCCGGCUGGGCCCAACUACCCCCGCUUCCUCCCCCUGUCCUCUGCCUACUCUGCCUCACUCCGCCGGCUGGCGUUCCUUGCGUCGCACAAACUCAAGCUCGGGCUAGACGCGCUCGCUGAGGGUGUCUACGCCUGGGUGUCUGGGCCGACGUACGAGACUCCUGCGGAGGGCCGGAUGCUGCGAAAUGCUGGCGCCGACGUCGUCGGUAUGAGCACGGUGCCUGAGGUGCUGGUAGGGAAGGAGGAGGGGUUGGAAGUCAUGGUCCUCAGUCUGGUCACGAACAUGGUAGUUAUCCCGCAGAAGUACAGAAGCAUCAAGGAGGAAGUAGAGGCGGAGCUCGCGGGGAAGCCCGUUGUCCAGCAGAAGGAGGAGACAGUGUCGCACGAAGAGGUGCUGCUAAUUGGCAAGCAGAAGGCGGAGGUGAUGAAGAAUCUGGUCGGGAAGAUUGUCGAGCUGAUCGCGAGCGAGAGCGGCUGA